AUGCAUGCGCUACGUUGGCCGUCGGCCAACUAUUUCUAUGCCUUUACCGUCCUUGUCAUCGCUUUUGGAUCUAUUCCCAAAGGCUACGACGAAGGCGGAUUUGCUUCAGCAUCAGGACUCAAGUCGUUUUUGACAGACUUUGGCCUGACCAGGGGAAGAUGGACAAGCGAUCCGUCUCAGUUGGCUACGCGGAGGGCUACUGUGUCUUCGUUGGGAGUGCUUGGGGCCGCCAUCGGGGCCGGCAUGGCAGUGUACGUCACUGAUGUAAUAGGGCGUUUGCGAACAUGGCAACUGUUUACCCUGCUCUGGAUGACGGGCUUCUUCACAGUCGCCUUUGCGUCAGGCAACCUUGGCCUGCUCUUGUUUGCCAGAAUCUGGGGAGGUGUCGGUGCCGGGGGUCUGACUGUUGUCGCGCCGUUGUACUUGUCCGAGAUUGCCAAGGCGAAGAAUCGAGGCAUGAUUGUGUCAGUGUACAUGGUUGUUCUGCUGACCACUCUGAUGCUGGGAUUCUUCAUUGGUUAUGGCGCCCGCAAAACGAUGGAGUCGAAUCGACAGCAAUACCGAGUUGUCCUUGCUGUGCCUCAGAUUCCUGUUGGUAUCGCACUCAUCUGUUCCAUGUUUUUGCACGACACACCCCGCUGGCUGGCCUCCAAGAAUCGGUAUGAGGAGGCCCUCAUUGUCCUGGCAAAAUUGCGCAACAAGUCGACGGAAGAUCCUGAAGUCCAGCGCGAAUACCACGAAAUGCAAGACGAGGUCGUAAGUAAGAACCUUGUCCUGGCCGACACUUCAACGUGGACAAUCAUCAAAGAGGUCGCGACAGUGCCCACCUACCGCGGCCGAUUCCUCCUCGGGCUCGCGAUGCAAACAUUUGCACAGUGGAGCGGUGGAAACGGUAUUACAUACUACAUUCCUGAAAUUUUCCGCCUCGCAGGCAUCACGAGUAACCGCGCUCUCAUUAACGCUGGCGGAUAUGGCGCUACAAAGCUAGUCUUCACCAUGGUCUUCAUGUGGUGGUUGAUAGACUAUUUUGGCCGUCGACGGUGUUUCAUGGUUGGCCUGGCUAUGCAAUGCGCAACACACGUCUACAUGGCAAUUUACAUGGCACUCUGGCGCCAUGACAAUAAUCAAUCCGCAUCCGCCGCAGCCAUUGCAUCUGUAUUCAUCUACGCCAUCGGUUGGUCCAUCGGUCUCUGCACAGUCCAGUAUCUAUACGGGACAGAAAUACUGCCCACCCGUGUCCGUGGGGCAUGCUACUCUGUAAACAUGAUGAUUCACUGGCUCUUCCAGUUCGCCGUCGUGCGCACCACCCCCCAAAUGUUCAAGAACCUCGACGUCUGGGGCGCAUAUGUCUUCUGGGCAAUGGUGUGUUUCGUUGGUCUCAUCGUCCUUGGCAUAUGGGCCCCCGAAACAAAGGGUGUACCGUUGGAAAGGAUGGGUGAAUUAUUUGAAGGGCCGUGGUAUAAGACGUGGAAGGCGAAGAUUGACAUGAGCAGUGAUGGCGAAUCACUCAUUUUACAAACUACACGGGACUCGGUGGCCGAACAGCAUGACGAUCGGAAUAAAGCUUCGAGGGAUUGA